AUGGCCAGCCCAGCCAGGCUUUGGGAGCUGGUGGCAGGCGGCUUGCUCCUUGGCAAGGCAAAGGCAGCAGCCGAAGAGCCGAGGUGGCUGUGGGGCCAGCUGUACACUGUGCGCGUCGGGCAGGUGGCGCGAGCUCAGCGGUGCCUGGCCGAGCUGCAGGAGCACAGCCACGAUGCUGCGGCAGCGCUGCAUUCUCAAGCCGUCGCAGCGCAGCUAGGCGAGGAGAGGCACUUCAUUGAGCCCAGAGGCAGCGAGGUCUCCUAUGACCCUCGGCUGCUGGUCUUCGAGUUCCUCUGCAACAUCAUGCUGCGCAAGUCACAGGUCCACCUGGUGCGAGCCUUCGCUUCCAGCGCCGAGGCAGGCCGUUCCGUGUGUCAGCAGAUGCUGAUGGGCGAGGGGAAGACCACGGUGAUUGCUCCACUGCUGGUCCUACUUUUGGCGGAUGGCCGCAGGCUGGUCGCCGCAUGCAUGCCUGCGGCUUUGCUUGACAUGUCCCGCGCCGUCAUGGUGGAGCGCUUCUCCUCGCCGGUGCUGCCCAGGCCAGUGCUCACGCUGGAGUUCCACCGCCAGGUGCCCGCGACGAAGGCGCUCCUUGCCAAGCUGGAGGCGGCGCGACAGGGCCGCGCGGCGGUGAUUGCGGCACCCGCUUCCGUGAAGAGCGUGCUGCUGCGGCGCAUCGAGCUGCUGUUGGAGCUGCACCACAGCACGGCUCAGCAUUUGGCCCGGUCAGAGUCGGAGAAGGGCAGCUGGCUGCGUUUGCCCUCGUGGCUCUCUACGGCAUCCAACGAAGACGAUGUCGAAGUGGCCCGCUCCACCGUCCAGGAUCAAAGCAAAGUCGACGAAGCUUGCGUGUGUGGGGAGGUCUUGCACCUCUUCCAUGGGGGUGUCAUGCUGCUGGACGAGGUGGAUUUGCUGCUCGACCCGCUGCGCAGCGAGUUGAACUGGCCGUUAGGCCGCCGCUUCUCCCUGGACAUGGCAG